ACAGUAUAUUUGCAUUGUCAAUUUGAUUGUACUUGUACUAAAAUCUCAAAUAGUAUUUGACAGAUUUAAUGUAUAGAUUUGAAUGAAUGUUCUCUAGUAAGAGAUCACACGACCUUCAACCUUCAAAAACCCGAUUCACCCGAUACGUAUGUUAUUAAUAUAGAUUUCCUAUUAGAUUGUCUCCCUGCUGUUUCACUUAAUAAUUACUUUAGUAGUGUUCCUGAUAGGAUCYGGGUUUGAGAAAAAGCACUCUCCAGGAUGCAGUCUGGUUAUCUUGCACGAUAUUGUCUAUACAGGUGUCAUUCAGCAGCGGUCCUAGAGGAGUGGCUUUGUGGGAUAUGGCCCAAUAGCAGCAGCCCGUGAUGCCGGACCAUGACAGCGACUCCCUCCUGAGCAGACAGACCAAGAGAAGACGUGUGGACAUUGGUGUGAAGAGGACAGUGGGCAGCACCGCCGCCAACACAGCAGCAGCUACAACCAGCGCCGACAUCGCCUGCGCCAAAGCAGCCAUCUUCAGUGCCAUGAACUCUCUCAAUUCCCACCACCACGGCUCCGACGCAGACUCCACGGACUGCUCCAUGGUGCAGCCACACGGCCCCACUGGGGUCGUCACAGCAACCGACAGCGACUCCAAGUCCAACGUGCUCCGGAAGCUCCUCAAGAGAGCCAACUCGUACGAAGACGCCAUGAUGCCCUUCCCUGGUGCCACCAUCAUCUCCCAGCUCCUCAAGAGCAACAUGGCCAAGAAUGGAGGUGGAGGAGAGAGAGUGGAGAGAGGAGAGAGAGGGGAGAGGGGGGAGAGAGGAGAGAGAAGAGACGGGGGGUUCCCCGGKUCGGGCCUCUCAAGUGGGGGUUCCGAAGCCCCCCAGGAGGACGCCUGCAGUAACUCGUCUCAGGACAGCCCCCAAGAGUGCCUCUCCCCCUUCGGCCGCCCCUCGGCUCUGGGCGCCUUUGACUUAGAGCGCCUCAACGAUGAGCACCUGCGGGCCAAGCGCGCCCGCGUGGAGAACAUCAUCCGAGGCAUGAGCCACUCGCCCAGCGUGGUGGUCCCCGCACGCCAUCUCGGAGAGCGGGACCGUGAACGGGAACAACGUGAACGGGAGAGGGAGCGAGAGAUGGACGGGGACAGGGAGAUGGAGAUGGACUGCCCCCCACAGCCGCCUAGCCCCAGGGGAGAGGUGUGCAGCCGGGAGAACAAGAGGAAGCAGCGCCUUCCCCAGCAGCAGCAGCAGAGCUUCACCCAGCUGGUGUGCCAGCGUAAAGAGCAAAAGCAGGAGGAGCGCAGGCAGCUGAAGUUGCAGCUGGAGGACAUGCAGAAGCAGCUGCGCCAGCUGCAGGAGAAGUUCUUCCAGAUCUAUGAUUCCACCGACGAUUCUGAGCACGACCUGGCCCACGACCUGGGCAACAUGUCUGAGGACAGCGCCGGGAGGUCCGAUGCUGGGGGAGAUGACCGGGCAGACCGCUCCGACAACGAGAUGUCAGACCUGGACCCAGGACACUUCCUGGACCGGGCCAGGGCAUUGCUCCAGGAGCAGGCCCUGCUGGCGGAGGGUAACAAGCCCAGAAGAGAGGGGCUGGUCCGGGGGAAAGGUCCUGGUCAGGGUCCUUCCUCCUCCAUGCACCAUGCGGAGGGCAAGCAGCUUGCUGAGACGCUGAAACAGGAGCUCAACUCAGCCAUGAACCAGGUGGUGGACACAGUGGUCAAGGUGUUCGCCAAGCCCCCGCGCCCCGCACCCCCCCAGGUCUUCUCGCCCCUCCCCAUGCCCCCAGAGAGGUUCGGGGUCAACGGUGAGGGCCCCAACUUCCACACAGCCAACCAGCGUCUGCAGUGCUUUGGUGACGUCAUCAUUCCCAACCCCCUGGACUCGUUCGGUGGCAUGCCCAUGCCUGGCGCCAACGACCAGACAGAGGCGCUGCCCCUAGUGGUGAGGAAGACUCCGACAGAACACCAUCACCAGUCCUCAGCUGUGGGCGCCCACGGGGGCCACCACCACCCUUCCCUGCACCCCUCCUCCCUCUCUGCCUCCAUGGGAUUCAGCCCCCCGUCUUUCCGCCACCCCUUCCCCCUGCCUCUCAUGGGCUACCCCUUCCCGAGCCCCCUGGGCCCACCCUCUGGGGGAUACCCAGGGAAGGACCGCUCCUCCCCAGACUCCAUGGACCUGUCCAGGGAGACCACCAGCCUGCGCACCAAGAUGUCUUCAGUGCAUCACAUGGGGCACCACCACAGGUCGCUCUCUCCCAGCCACCCCGGGAGCACCGCAGAGGGGCUCUCCCUGUCCCUCAUCAAGUCAGAGUGUGGAGACAUGAGCGACAUGAAUGACAUCUCACCAUACUCAGGCAGCACCAUUCAGGAGGGUCUCUCUCCCAACCACCUGAAGAAGGCCAAGCUCAUGUUCUUCUACGCCCGCUACCCCAGCUCCAACAUGCUUAAGAUGUUCUUCUCCGACGUCAAGUUUAACCGCUGCAUCACGUCCCAGCUCAUCAAGUGGUUCAGUAACUUCCGGGAGUUCUACUACAUCCAGAUGGAGAAGUUUGCCCGGCAGGCCAUCAACGACGGUGUCACCGGGGUGGAGGAGAUGAGCGUCAGCCGCGACUGCGAGCUCUACCGAGCCCUCAACAUGCACUACAACAAGGCCAACGACUUUGAGGUUCCAGAGAGGUUCCUGGAGGUGGCUCAGAUCACGCUGCGUGAGUUCUUCAAUGCCAUCGUGGCAGGCAAAGACGUGGACCCAUCCUGGAAAAAAGCAAUUUACAAGGUGAUCUGCAAGCUGGACAGCGAUGUGCCCGAGGUCUUCAAAUCACCCAACUGUCUCCAGGAGCUUCUACAUGAGUAACCAUCCCUGCCCCGCCUCCGCCUCCGCUCCCCCCGCCCCCCCGCCCGAUGCUUUUCUUGGCUUUUUCAGGAUUUUCAUAAUUUUAUUUCUUUCCCUAUUCUAUGAUUUUCCAGUUUUUUUGUUCAUGUAUGAAGUAUGAAGUAGCAUUCCUCCCCAUCUGAAGCGUACUGGGCUGUUCCUAAAUGAUCUAACUAUUGUGUUGUUGUUAUUAUUCCCAUUGAUUAGGAUUAUUAUUUGUUUUUUAAAUGAUUCUGCUGAUCUGAAGAGACGUUGAUCCUAUUGGGUGUUUUGGACUGUGUGAACCCUGACCUAUCUGCCCUGAUUGACUAGAAACACUAGGAGGGAUCCCCACUAUGCGCAGGGAGGGGCUUCCCACUAGCCUGUACCCUACCUACUCUAAGGAGGACCCUACAAUCCUAGUGUUGGUCACCAAUAGACUUUGGCCACUACACUACAGAGGGCGCCUAUGUUAGUGGGGUGCUCAAUAGGCUCACCCCACUGUGCAAGGUUGCUCCCUAAUAGGCGGUUCCCACUACUAUGGCUGUCCCAGGCGAGACAACACACUACACCAUGCUGCCUGCAGCCUAAUGACUUUAUUAACUGCUGGACUUAUACUGGACUACUAGUACUGGUCUGGACUACUGGUCUGGACUGGAUACUGUUGGACUACUGGU